CCAGAUAAAAAACAGUACGCUUUUCAUUAGAAAAAUAAAAAAAAAGAAAAAGAAACGCUUUUCACUUUUUCAGAUAGAGAAUUGUCGUUGGUGGCGGCGUGGAGAUCAACAUUUCAAUCUCGGGAGAAAAAUGGCGGUUCAUUCUCCGAGUCGCUGCACGGCUCAGCUGGGCCGGAGCCUCCGUCCCUGUUCCCCGCUCUCUUUCCGCAAUCGGACCGUCUCCGGACCCGGUUUCUUCUCCGAGCCUCCGGCCCCGAGGCUUGUCUCGGUUCGCUCUCAGAAGCACGGUCCAGACAUGUUCCGGUCCAGGCCUUCAACGAGCUUUAACGACUCUGAAGCUUCGAUUGCCUCGCCGACGACUUCCUCCGCUAUUGAUUUUCUCACAUUGUGUCGUCGCCUUAAGACCACUAAAAGAAAGGGAUGGAUCAACCAUGGAAUAAAGAGUCCUGAGUCUAUUGCUGAUCACAUGUACCGCAUGGCUUUGAUGUCUUUGAUUGCCACUGAUCUUCCUGGUGUAAACAAAGAAAGAUGUAUUAAGAUCGCAAUUGUGCAUGAUAUUGCAGAAGCAAUUGUUGGAGAUAUAACACCGUCUGAUGGUGUGCCCAAAGAAGAAAAGAGCAGGAGGGAGCGGGCAGCUUUAAAUGAAAUGUGUGAAGUUCUCGGUGGGGGUGCGAGGGCUGAAGAGAUUAAAGAACUCUGGGAAGAGUAUGAAAAUAAUUCUUCCAUAGAAGCUAAUCUUGUCAAAGAUUUUGACAAAGUUGAAAUGAUUCUCCAAGCAUUGGAAUAUGAAAAAGAGCAUGGGAAGGUGCUUGACGAGUUUUUCCUUUCAACAGCAGGAAAAUUUCAAACUGAAAUUGGAAAGAGCUGGGCAGCUGAGAUAAUCAGUAGAAGAAAAUCAAGAUUGCGAAAUAAUCCCAAUUGACUCAGUCUCAAUUUGACAGAUGCCUAUUUGGUUGAGCCAAUCUGUUUUGAAUGGAAAAUCAUGCGGGGAUGACCCUUUUCAGGUGCAUAUAAUUCUACGCAUCACCGUCAUGUGUUUUUGGAUUUAAAAGGAGCAGAAUAUUCAUAUUGUUCAGAUGCAACCUUAGGAUCUAUUGCUGGAAGUUGAUUAGUGAAGCAGUCAUACUUAGAAAGUUCCUGUCGUUUGCUUCAUUAUCAGAUCAAGGACCCUUUUGUUUCCUCUUGAAGCUUGCAGUGGUGGUCUCAGCUUUUCCUUUUUCCCCUUGAUGCUUUGCAAAAGAUGAUGGUUUUGAAAUGCUUCAAAGGGAUGUAGCUUUUGUCUUCAUUUAACGACGUUGUUGGGCCGACUAAGGUGGCCAUGGUUAGGGUCCUUGUAAAUCGAAUUUCUUUAUAAUUUAAUUUGAACCUGUCGCAAUUUUCGUUGCUUUUGACCUUUUUUAU